CAGGCUGCCGUGGCGCAGGGGAAGGUGGUUUCGCCCGGAUCCUCUCGGCUCUCACACAGGCGGCGGAGCCGCGUCCCCCCCGCCGCGGCAGGAGUGCCUCGCCCCGGCCCGCUCUGCUCCCGCCGGCCGCUCCUGUGGCCGCAGGUACAGCCGUGGGGAAGAGGUGCCGCCGAGCAGUGCCUGAAACCGGGGCCGCCUCCCUCGUCCCGAGAGAAACAAGCCCAACCCACCCCCUCAGCCCUAGGCGGGAGCUCUUGGCUGAGCCGAGAUGCCCAGACAGUUUCCAAAGCUGAACAUCUCUGAGGUUGAUGAACAGGUGCGACUUCUAGCAGAGAAGGUAUUUGCUAAAGUCCUUCGAGAAGAAGACAGCAAAGAUGCCUUAUCACUAUUCACUGUUCCUGAAGACUGUCCUAUUGGGCAGAAAGAGGCCAAGGAAAGGGAACUGCAGAAGGAACUGGCAGAACAGCAGUCUGUAGAAACAGCCAAAAGGAAGAAAAGUUUCAAGAUGAUUCGAUCCCAGUCUUUGUCAUUACAAAUACCAACCCAGGAAUGGAAAGCACCAUCAGUCAAACCCGUUCUUUCUCCUGCAACACCAGUUCUUCAAAGCGCUUUUCUGCCAGUCCAAGUGCCAUAUGAGGUACCAGAGUUUCAGAGAGUUUCAAUUAGUGGGGACUACUGUGCAGGGGUUACAGUUGAUGAUUAUGAACAAGCUGCCAAGAGCCUGGUGAAAGCUCUUCUCAUUCGAGAAAAGUACUCGCGUCUUGCCUGCCACCGCUUCCCAAGAACAACAUCCCAGUAUUUGUGUAGCAUGCGAGAUGAAAAAUGGAAAGUAGAAGAUGAAGUGUAUCCAGAUCUUCAUUCACCCCCAGAAGAAAAUGAAGAUCCUUACAAUCUUGAUGAUGCUCCAGACAAUUUGGAUUAUGUUAUCAAGAUAAAAGCUGGUAUUCCCUUUGUUUAUGAUAACAAGGAGAUGAUGGAACUCAAUGAGCCUCGGAGUCUGCCAUAUCCUGACCUGGAGACCUAUACCCUUGACCUGAGCCAUGUUCUUGCUCUAAUUGCAGAUGGUCCAACAAAAACAUACUGCCAUCGGCGACUUAACUUUUUAGAAUCUAAAUUCAGUUUACAUGAGAUGUUAAAUGAAAUGUCUGAAUUUAAAGAACUAAAGAGUAAUCCCCAUCGAGACUUUUAUAAUGUGAGAAAGGUUGAUACUCAUAUCCAUGCUGCCUCCUGCAUGAACCAGAAACAUUUGUUGAGGUUUAUUAAGCACACUUAUCAAACAGAGCCAGACAGGAUUGUUGCAGAGAAAAAAGGCAAGAAGAUGACUUUAAAGCAAGUGUUUGAAAGCCUUCACAUGGACCCUUAUGACCUCACUGUAGACUCUUUAGAUGUUCAUGCAGGACGUCAAACAUUUCAUCGAUUUGACAAAUUCAAUUCUAAAUACAAUCCAGUUGGUGCCAGUGAGCUGAGGGAUUUGUAUUUGAAAACUGAAAACUACAUUGGUGGUGAAUACUUUGCUCGUAUGGUCAAGGAAGUAGCCUGUGAACUAGAAGAAAGUAAAUACCAGUACUCAGAACCUCGGUUAUCCAUUUAUGGGCGAUCUCCAGAAGAAUGGCAGAACUUGGCAAAAUGGUUUAUUAAACAUAGAGUUUACUCACCUAACAUGCGCUGGAUAAUUCAGGUUCCCAGAAUCUAUGAUAUAUUUAGGUCAAAAAAUAUUCUGCCUAGUUUUGGGAAGAUGUUGGAGAACAUCUUUGUACCUUUGUUUGAGGCAACAAUCAAUCCCAAAGAGCACAAAGAGCUGCACCUUUUCCUCAAAUAUGUGACUGGCUUUGACAGUGUUGAUGAUGAAUCCAAACACAGUGGUCAUAUGUUCUCUGACAAGAGCCUUAACCCUGAACUCUGGACCAGUGAGAAGAAUCCCCCAUACAGCUAUUAUUUGUAUUACAUGUAUGCCAACAUCAUGCUGCUAAACAACCUUAGGAGGGAAAGAGGCAUGUGUACCUUUCUGUUUCGACCUCACUGUGGAGAAGCUGGGUCUAUCACACACCUUGUUUCAGCCUUUCUGACAGCUGACAACAUUUCACAUGGAUUGCUCUUGAAGAAGAGUCCAGUUCUCCAGUACCUUUAUUAUCUUGCACAAAUACCCAUUGCCAUGUCUCCACUUAGUAACAACAGCCUAUUUCUGGAGUAUUCAAAAAAUCCAUUACGGGAAUUUCUACAUAAGGGACUUCAUGUCUCUCUCUCUACAGAUGAUCCUAUGCAGUUUCAUUAUACAAAGGAAGCUCUCAUGGAGGAAUAUGCCAUUGCAGCUCAGGUGUGGAAACUAAGUACCUGUGAUUUGUGUGAAAUAGCAAGAAACAGUGUACUACAAAGUGGAUUGUCAGAUAAGGAAAAACAGAAAUUCUUAGGGGUGAAUUACUGUAAAGAGGGGCCUGAGGGAAAUGACAUUCGAAAGACAAAUGUUGCGCAGAUCCGGAUGGCCUUCAGGUAUGAGACACUGUGCAACGAACUUAGUUUUCUGUCUGAUGCUAUGAAAACAGAAGAGAUUUCUGCUUUGUCAAAGUAGUUUCAAACCCAAAGAAACUAGAACCUUUCACUCCUAAUCAGGAUCACUUGCUAAUUAAUAUUGAAUCAUCUGUCAUUGAGUGCUACCAAGACGCAACUGUUUGAACAAUAUGGAGAGAAAUAGAAUACCUAUGGAAGGUAAAACAACAUUUACCAUAAUCUUUUACUGCAUUAUUCUCUUUGCAAAAAUUUCUGUUUCUAUAAACUUUAGGCUUUGCAAGACUCUUGUAAAUGUUAGACGCAAAUUCACAAUCGUAUCAUUUGUUUCAAACUGUUUUAACUACACACUGUAUUGUACCUUGGAAAACUACAGAAAAUAUUCAUAAUGCAUCUGUGAUAGUGCUGCUUAGAAUACAGCAGCUGCUGACAGGAUACAUGCACCUGAUUUUGUCCUGCCAAUCUCAGUGGCAAUCAUGGCAUAUAGCACUUGUAAGUGUAACCCUUUAUUAAUUAGCAGAUUGUAUGGGGUGUAUAAUUCUGAGAGUUCUUUUUCACUCUGGAAAGUGGACUGACACAGUUUUUACCUUGAUGUUUUAGCAGUUAUACUAGAAAACAAGAAAAAACAAAAUGUGGUGGUCUCUUUUCAUGUCUAAAGAAUUUACCUCCUAUUGUCACCUGGUAUUUGGAUGUCUGUGAAGAACUGCAGAUUAAUGCUUUUUAAUCUAAUAAAUAGAAAACAUGGUGUCAAAAUCA